AAAAAGAAAAAAAAUAAUAAAAAUAAACUUACGUCCAACAAAGUAUACCUUUCCAAUUGUUAAGCAAAAAAUUCCAAUUCGAAACAUUUGACAAAUCUGAAAAUGUUAUCAUUUAUUUGUUGAGAUUUUGAAACUAAAGUACGAAUUUUGAACAAUAUAAUUUCUCUGCCAAAUUGUGAUCUGCCCUCUGUUUCUCACUUUUCCCAUUCUGAAAACCCUAGUCGCCAUGGCAGAUUCUAUGCCUCCUCGUCGCAUUUCCGUUCACCAAGCUCUCGGCGGUGGAUAUGUUUCUGAUGUGCUGCUAUGGAAGAAAUGGAGCGUAGGAGUUGCAGUACUACUUUCAUCAACGGCGUUAUGGUUCCUAUUUGAACGAGCAGGCUACAACCCGUUAUCUUUUGUGGCCAAUGUUCUAUUGUUACUUGUCGUCAUUCUCUUCUUCUGGGCAAAAUCUGCAUCUCUUCUUAACAGACCUUUGCCUCCUCUUCCUGAUUUAGAAAUUUCUGAAAACUCUGUCGUGAUUGCCGCCGAUGUACUGCGGGUAUGGGUUAAUCAAGCAUUAUUAAUUGCACGAGACAUUGCAAUUGGUAGAAAUUUGAAAUUGUUCUUCCAGGUUGCUUUAGUUUUAUGGGUGGCAUCUUAUAUUGGAAGUUUCUUCAAUUUUCUCACUCUUGCCUAUGUUGGGGUUCUUCUUAGUUUUUCAGUUCCAGUGUUGUAUGAUAAGUAUCAGCACCAUAUUGAUGAUAAACUUUGCGUAACACAUAAGAUGAUUCAGACACAGUACAGAAAAAUUGAUGAAAACGUUCUAAAGAAGAUUCCUAUGUCACUUAAUAAGGAAAAGAAGGUGCAGUAGGACAGGCAAAGUAAUAUUAGGACCUUAUAGAUGGGUGUUCCACAUAUAUGAGGCUUUUUGUGGUUCCUUUUUACUCUCUGGUGCAAUUCCACCCCUAUUAAAGAGUAAGGGAGAAUGGUGAUUUACAAGAGUUGACUACAGUAUUAACGUUUCCAAUUUCUUUUUUCUUUCCUUUGGGUUCUUUUGGACUCGUUUUAUGGGGUAGUUUUUUGGUAUAUACAGUCUAGCCCUUGACUUCGAGGUUAUUCUUUUCAUGUUCAUCUCGAUCUUUGAGAAUGGGGCAGAAUUUACUACUUACUAGUGCCUUGGUAUGUGUUUUUCUUUGUAGUUUUAAUUGCACUGGAUUUGUUAAACAAAUAUGCUGAUCUUGCACAAAAAUAUAUGUAGUAAAAUGAUUGAAAUGUCUCA